UUCAUUUAUUUAUAUAUUCAUUUAUUUUUUUAGGCAGACAACAUUCUAGUAAGGAAUUCAUUUUUAUGUAAAAUCAACCUAUUGGUUUUCUUGUCUUUAACAUAUUAUCUCUUUUCCAGUGUUGCUAUUCUAUUAAAGUCAGUUUCAGGGGGACAGAACAAACUCACCAGAGCCCAGCUGUUUAUCCAUGAAGAGUGACCGGUCUAUGCCAGAACCAUUACAUUUUCAGGGAAGACACGCAUCAACUGAUCUAAGUCAGUUUCAGGGGGACAGAUCAAACUCACCAGAGCCCAGCUGUUUAUCCAUGAAGAGUGACCAGUCUAUGCCAGAACCAUUACAUUUUCAGGGAAGACACACAUCAACUGAUCUAAGUGUAAAGUCUGUGGACACUCCAGGAACAUUUACAGGAAAACACACAUCAUCUAAUCUGAGUUGUGACUCUCCACUGGACCAAAAGGGAUUCAAAUCAAAUCUGCUCAAGAAGUUUCAGUGUCUGUAUGAAGGAACAGCAAAGCAGGGAAACCCAACACUCCUGAAUGAGAUCUACACAGAGCUCUACAUCACAGAGAGUGAAAGUGGAGAGAUCAAUAAUGAGCAUGAGGUGAGACAGAUUGAGACACAAUCCAGGAGAGCAGCAACAGAGGACACAUCGAUCAAAUGCAAUGACAUUUUUAGACCUUUACCUGGACAAGACAAAGCCAUCAGAACUGUGCUGACAAAGGGAGUCGCUGGCAUUGGAAAAACAGUCUCUGUGCAGAAGUUCAUUGUGGACUGGGCUGAAGGGAAAGAGAAUCAGGACAUCCAGCUCAUAUUUCCACUUCCUUUCAGAGAGCUCAACUUGAUGAAGGACAAAAAACUCAGUCUUUCAGAUAUACUUCAUAUCUUUUUAUCUGAAACAAAAGAAAUGGAAAUAUCCAGAGAUGAAUAUAAAGUGUUGUUUAUCUUUGAUGGUCUGGAUGAGUGUCGUCUGUCUCUGGAUUUUCAGAGCAAUGUGAGGUUGUGUGAUGUUAGUGAAUCAGCCUCAGUGGACGUGCUACUGACAAACCUCAUUGUGGGGAAUCUGCUUCCCUCUGCUCUCAUCUGGAUCACCUCCAGACCAGCAGCAGCUGAUCUCAUUCCCUCUGAGUGUGUCCAUCGAGUGACAGAGGUACGAGGCUUCAAUGAUCCACAGAAGGAGGAAUACUUCAGUAAGAGAAUCAGUGAUCAGGGUCUGGCCAAUACAGUCAUCACACACCUGAAGUCAUCAAGGAGCCUCCACAUCAUGUGCCACAUCCCAGUGUUCUGCUGGAUCUCAGCCACUGUUCUAGAGAAGAUGUUGAGUGAAGCAGAGAGUGGAGAGAUUCCCAAGACUCUCACUCAAAUGUACACACACUUCCUGAUCAUUCAGACCAACAUCAAACAUGACAAGGACUAUGAGAAGAAAGUCAAAGAUGAAAAUAUGAUUCUCAAACUGGGGAAACUGGCUUUCCAGCAGCUUGUGAAAGGCAACCUGAUCUUCUAUGAGGAAGACCUGAGAGAGUGUGGCAUUGAUGUGACAGAAGCAUCAGUGUACUCAGGAUUGUGCACUCAGAUCUUCAGAGAGGAGUUUGGCUUGUAUCAGGGGAAAGUCUUCUGCUUUGUUCAUCUGAGCAUCCAGGAACAUCUAGCAGCUCUAUAUGCACACCUCUCAUUUACAAACAACUACAUUAAUGUAUUUGACCAAACCAAGCAAGGUCUGUUUUCUAAACUUUUUAACCAGAAGAAAUAUGUUUCACUAUUUGAGCUCCAUCAGAGUGCUGUGGAUGAAGCUUUGCAAAGUAAAAAUGGACAUCUGGAUCUUUUCCUGCAUUUUCUUCUGAGUCUCUUGUUGGAGUCCAAUCAGACUCUCUUACAAGAACUACUAACACAGACAGGAAGCUGCUCCUACAACAAAGAUGAAACAGUUGAAUACAUCAAACAGAAGAUCAGGAAGAAUCACUCUCUAGAGAGAUCCAUCAAUCUAUUCCACUGUCUGAAUGAACUGGGUGAUGAUUCACUGAUGCAGGAGAUCCAAGAUUAUCUGAAAUCUGGACAAAUAGGAGAAAUCAAACUCUCCUCUUCACAGUGGUCAGCUCUGGUUUAUGUUUUGCUGACAUCAGAGCAGAAGAUAGAUGUUUUUUAUCUAAAGCAGUUUAUUGGAGCCCAAAAUAAAGCAGAUGAAGUUCUUCAGAAGCUGCUGCCUGUGGUUAAAAAUUCCAGAUCAGUUCAGUUGAGUGAUUGUGGUGUCACAGAUGAAGGUUGUGCUGCUCUGGCUUCAGCUCUGAGAUCAAACCCCUCACACCUGAGACAACUGAAUCUGUCUGUAAAUGAACUAGGAGCAUCAGGAGUGAGUCUGCUCUCUGAUCUACUGAAGGAUCCUCACUGUGAACUUAAAACACUGUGGUUGGAUUGGUGUGGUGUCACAGAUGAAGGUUGUGCUGCUCUGGCUUCAGCUCUGAGAUCAAACCCCUCACACCUGAAAAAACUGCAUCUGUCUGGAAAUAAUCUAGGAGACUCAGGAGUCAGUCUGCUCUCUGAUGGACUGAAGGAUUCUCACUGUAAACUGGAAACACUGUGGUUGGGUAAGUGUGGAGUCACAGAUGAAGGUUGUGCUGCUCUGGCUUCAGCUCUGAGAUCAAACCCCUCAGACCUGAGAGAACUGAAUCUGUCUCAAAAUAAACUAGGAACAUCAGGGGUGAAACUGCUCUCUGCUGGACUUAAGGAUCCUCAUUGUAAACUGGACAUACUGUGGUUGAUUGAUUGUGAUGUCACAGAUGAAGGUUGUGCUGCUCUGGCUUCAGCUCUGAGAUCAAACCCCUCACACCUGAGAGAACUGAAUCUGUCUAAAAAUAUGCUAGGAGUGUCAGGAGUGGAGCUGCUCUCCAAUGGACUGAAGGAUCCUCACUGUAAACUGGAAAAACUGGGGUUGUGGGCUUGUGGUGUCACAGAUGAAGGUUGUGCUGCUCUGGCUUCAGCACUGAAAUCAAACCCCUCACACCUGAGAGAUCUGGAUCUGUCUUGGAAUAAACUACGAGACUCAGGAGUGAAUCUGCUCUCUGAUCUACUGAAGUAUCCUAAUUGUAAAGUGAAAACACUGGGGUUGAGUGGUUGUGGAGUCACAGAUGAAGGUUGUGCUGUUCUGGCUUCAGCUCUGAGAUCAAACCCCUCACACCUGAGAGAACUGGAUCUGUCUAGAAAUGGACUAAGUGUCUCAAAUGUGAAGCUGCUAUCUCGACUGAAGGAUGAUCCACAUUUUAAACUGGAGAUACUUAAGUUUUAGAUGUUAGUCUGACCUUCUCUGGAUCAGCUGAUGGUGAAUACAGAUCCACUACAGACAGACAUCACAUUCAAAAGGCAUAAACCCACAGUGAUAAUCACACAUGCAUUUGUUUCAGUAACUUUACAGAAUGAUCCAAUCAUUUAUCCACAGUUAGAAAAUGAAACCCUUUGUUUCUUCUGACAUUUGUACUGGUGCCAAAUUUUGCAUAAUAAUAUUGCCAGUUGUUUGUGACAAUAUUUGUGACAAUCUUCUUUUCAGUUCUCAUUAAAAAAUAAAUGCCUUUUAGUGA